UCCGCCCCACCUCUCCCACCCUUUGUUCCCCCCUUCCUUAAAAAUGCUGCCUCGGUGCAUGUCCCUCGCUCAUAUCAUCCGAGGCCUCGCUUCAAUAUGGACUGUGCACUGCUGCUGCUCUUCUCCCUGUGGGCUCUGGCUGGGACGGUGACCCCGCAGGACUCGGGGUCCUGUCCGGAGAGACUUCUGGGAGACGAGAGGAGGAGGACGUGUCCCCGGCACUGCAAAACCGACAAAGACUGUGGCGGCAAACGCCAGUGUCUGUGUGACGGCCAGUGUGGUCUCAGCUGUGUGGCUCCAGGUCGCACUUGUCCCUGGCCUCUACCCCCCGGCGGCAACUCGGAGGCUCGCCUCCUCUCUCCCACCCACUCCUUCUCUGCCCUGCUGGAAGUGCGCUGCAAGCCGGGAUUCAAGCUGCCCAGUGGGCUGGAUGUCACCAUCCGCCGUUGUCAGGGUGACCGGCAGUGGAGUGGAGAUGAACCCAUCUGCACAGAGGCUCAGUCAGCCGGACCUGCGGCUGCCCCCACCUGCCCUCUGCCCGAGGAAGUCACCUCAACCUUCAGCAUCCAGGGCAGCUCUGCAGUGGGAACCUCCAUCCACUACAGCUGCCUGUCUGGGGCUCAGAUAGUAGGGAGCAGUGAGAAUGUCUGUCAGGAUAAUCAGACCUGGCUGUAUCCUCACCCCACCUGCGAAAAGGUGUUCUGUCAGCCCCCCGAGGAGGUGGAGCAGGGCUAUGUGGUGGCUGUCCAGAAGACUGAAUAUGAAGUCGGUUUCGAUAUCCACUAUCUGUGCAAGAAGAGCUUCCUGCUGGACGGACCCCAAAAGAUCACCUGCCUGCCCAACGGGAGCUGGAGCGCCCCUCCACCACACUGCAGAGCUCGCUGUCUCAUCCCUGCUGAGCGGAGCCGUGUGGUGAUUGGCGGAGUGAAGCGCUGGCCAUUUGAUGUUACGGAUGCCAUGGUCCCCCACGGAGAAAACGUGACGUUCUUCUGCAAACACCCUCGGAAGCAGUGCAGCUUCACCGCAACUCAGGCCUGCUUCGACGGAAAGCUGCAGCCGCCGGCCUGCUACCUUGAGCCCACAUGGCUGCAGUACAAACUCUUCCCUCACCGACUGGUCUCAGAAAUUGAAGGAUGCGAGCCCGGUGAUUUGGAGUAAUGAUCUCCCAACGCUCCUGACACCAUGCCACAACACGAACACUUCCUGAGACACUCCAGCUCCCCAUCAGCUCCACUUUAACCAUCUGUGCAACGAUUAUGGUCUGUCACAUGGGGACAUAUAUAUGCUUUCAGCCCCGGUGGCUCAAACACCCGGGCUGUCUGUCUUUGCUUGUGGCCUUGUGUGUUUUGAACCCAGCGCUUGGCCUUUGUCUCUGUCCUGCAUGCUGUCAAACUGCAGGCACACUGUAGACUCCUCCAAAGUAUUCCUUUGAUUCUUGAACCAAUUGCAGACUGUAGAUGCAACACCAUAGGCCUCUGUGAUGAUGUGUGUAUAAUGCAUCAGCACGUGCUACUCCGCUUACCCAGUGAUAUAUCCAUGUAAUGAUGUAUUCCUCUAAUAAUGAUCGACUCUGUGAUGUUUCACUGUGUGACCUGCCUCUCCCUUUAAACCUGACGCAUCGAGUCCUUUGGCUUGUA